UGGCGCCACGGACAGGGACGCCGGUGCAGCAGGGCUUGCUGGGAUGGAACGCGGGCCGUCGUGCCGCAGACCCAGGGCGCGAGGCAGCUUGGGAGGACCGCGGAGCUUGGCUUGUGGGGGGAGGGAGACCUCAGGCACGUGCACUGGUCGGAGCUGGUGGCAAGAGAAGGUCUGUGGCAAGUGCUCCGACGACCAGAAUCUCCAGAGACCGCUUGGCGAUGGGAGUGUUGCGGGUCUUGGCGGAGAGAAUGGCCAUGACAGAAGCGAUGUCGUUGUGUAUGGCCCUGGUGCUGUGCAUGCUGGGACAGGCGUCAGGGUCUGAACACAUGAUGUGUGGAGUCGAUGCCAGGCCUCACCCCCGGGGUCUGUGCGGUGAUUACCUGAUGAGGGCGCGCCAAAACCUCUGUGCUCUUCUCAGGAAGGACUACCCUGAACAGUUCGGCAAACGCUCUGUAGACCAGCUCCUGCAGUUUCCUUUAAAGAGCUUCGCUAACAUGGACUUCUUCACCGAAGAAGGACCAGUGAAGUCCGCCAGCGACUACAGCAAGAUGCUGCUGCCCGUCCUGCCCAAGGCCUCGGACUCGCCGGUGGCCGAAGACAUGGGCGAGUACGAUCUGGACCUUGAGAGACAAAAACGACAAGGCAUGGUCUGUGAUUGCUGCUACAACCAGUGUCGCCCCAGCCAGCUAGCACGAUAUUGCUGAUAGGUGUCUCUGCACUCUCACUCCAGCCAACCAUAAGGAUAUUACCGCUAGGUCUCUGUCUCUGUCUCUGUCCCAUCUGUCUCAAUCUCUCGCUCUUUUCUGUCCCCUUCUCCUUCAACCACCACAUCACCAUGCUGCGCGCCCAGCGGCAUGUUCAUCAAGAAACGAGUUCAUGGGCUGCUAACUCCGAUAUGUAUCGAUCUCAGCCUUUUUUUUUAAAAUCUGAUGGAUUGCAGGGCAUUUCGAUAGCCUUAUAUGCCUUCUGGAUGUAAGUAGGUCCAUCAGUAGGUAAUAUGUUGUUUUGUGCCUGUCCAUAUUGAUGACUAUCGAGCAAAAUUUGCGCUUUGUUAGCGAGAUUAAAGAAAAAGCUACGAAAGCCAAGAAAAAAGAUCAUGCCAUUGAAUAUUUUUUUUAAUUUUUGGAAUUAGUAAAUAAAAAAUCUUUACUUUUGCUUCGUGUAAUUUGGACUACUUCCUCUGCCCUGGUUAUCCGCACGUUGUUUGAUAAGACUAAUUGUUCGUAUCUCGUUGACUUAGAACUUCUUUUCACAUUGUAAAAACUGUGCUCAUUGUAGUUUGAAAGAUUAGAUAAUUUCUUCAAUAGGAUUGUACGUAUAUUCAUACAGAUUUUUGGACAUAUCGCUCAAAUCCAACUUUGGUAUUUGAAAAAACCCAUCUGUUUAUCAACACAUAAAUGAGAUGUAAAAGUCUGGCAUUGGAUUAAUAAACUCAUCUCAACUAA